AUGAUGGCAACACGCCUUUCUCGUGCCGUAAGCACAACCAACUCUGCCGUUGCCAUCAUGGAGGGGAAGACCCCUAAGAUUAUCGAGAACGCCGAGGGUGCUCGUACCACCCCCUCAGUCGUUGCUUUCGCCGAGGACGGCGAGCGCCUCGUCGGUGUCGCCGCCAAGCGCCAGGCCGUCGUCAACCCCGAAAACACCCUCUUCGCCACCAAGCGGUUAAUUGGACGCAAGUUCACCGACGCCGAGGUGCAGCGUGACAUCAAGGAGGUGCCUUACAAGAUCGUCCAGCACACCAACGGCGAUGCGUGGGUAGAGUCCCGCGGUCAGAAGUACUCGCCAUCCCAAAUUGGUGGCUUCGUCCUCAACAAGAUGAAGGAGACUGCCGAGGCUUACCUCAGCAAGCCCAUUAAGAACGCCGUCGUCACUGUGCCCGCCUAUUUCAACGACUCUCAGCGCCAGGCCACCAAGGAUGCUGGUCAAAUUUCCGGCCUGAAUGUCCUCCGUGUCGUCAACGAGCCCACCGCUGCCGCCCUUGCCUACGGUUUGGAGAAGGAGGCUGACCGUGUCGUCGCCGUCUACGAUCUCGGUGGUGGCACAUUCGAUAUUUCGAUCCUCGAGAUCCAGAACGGCGUUUUCGAGGUCAAGUCGACCAACGGUGACACCCAUCUCGGUGGUGAGGACUUCGAUAUCCACCUCGUCCGCCACUUCGUGCAGCAAUUCAAGAAGGAGUCCGGCAUCGAUCUCUCGGGUGACCGCAUGGCCAUUCAGAGAAUCCGCGAGGCCGCUGAGAAGGCCAAGAUUGAGCUGUCAUCGUCCCUCCAGACUGACAUCAACCUGCCUUUCAUCACUGCCGACGCUGGCGGCCCUAAGCACAUCAACUCGAAGCUCACCCGCGCUCAACUUGAGGCCAUGGUCGACCCCCUUAUCAGCAAGACCAUUGAGCCAGUCCGCAAGGCCCUGAAGGAUGCUGGCCUCCAGGCUAAGGACAUCCAAGAGGUUAUCCUUGUCGGUGGCAUGACCCGCAUGCCCAAGGUCUCCGAGUCGGUCAAGAGCAUCUUCGGCCGUGACCCGGCUAAGUCUGUCAACCCUGACGAGGCUGUCGCCAUUGGUGCCGCCGUCCAGGGUGCCGUCCUCUCUGGUGAGGUCAAGGACCUCCUUCUCCUCGACGUUACCCCCCUCUCCCUCGGCAUCGAGACCCUCGGCGGUGUUUUCACUCGCCUGAUCAACCGCAACACCACCAUCCCCACCAAGAAGUCCCAAGUCUUCUCCACCGCUGCCGAUUUCCAGACCGCUGUCGAGAUUAAGGUCUACCAGGGUGAGCGUGAGCUCGUCCGGGACAACAAGCUCCUCGGAAACUUCCAGCUCGUCGGUAUCCCCCCUGCGCACCGUGGUGUGCCCCAGGUUGAGGUCACCUUCGACAUCGACGCCGACUCCAUCGUCCACGUCCAUGCCAAGGACAAGUCUACCAACAAGGACCAGUCCAUCACCAUUGCCUCUGGCUCCGGUCUGUCUGAUGCUGAGAUCCAGCAGAUGGUUGAGGAGUCCGAGAAGUAUGCCGAGUCCGACAAGGAGCGGAAGGCCGUCAUCGAGACCGCCAACCGUGCCGACAGCGUUGUCAACGACACGGAGAAGGCGCUCAACGAGCAUGCCGACAAGCUCGACAAGACCGAGGCUGACCAGAUCCGCGAGAAGAUCACCUCUCUGCGCGAGUUCGUCGCCAAGGCCCAAUCUGGCGAGGCCACCGCCACUUCUGCCGAGAUCAAGGAGAAGACGGACGAGCUCCAGGUUGCCAGCCUGAACCUCUUCGACAAGAUGCACAAGGCGCGUGCCGAGUCUGGCGAGCCGGCCCAAAACGCCGAAGGCGAGAAGAAGGACGAGCCCAAGGCUUAA